CACCAGCAGGGCUGCGGAAGAUGGCGCUGAACUCGGCCCCGGCUCCGGAGCCUGAUCCGGACUGGAGUGCUGCCGUCCGCCCGCUCCUCGCCGCCUCCUACUCCACCUUCGAGCCGCGGGACAUCUCUCAGCUCUUCAGCUCGGUCAUUAAUAGUGAGAAACAGAUUCUGCAUCAUGACAAACAAUACGAGCCCUUCUAUUCCUCGUUUGUGGCUCUGUCUGCACAUUACAUUUCAACAGUCUGUGCACAGAUUCCUAGGAACCAGCUGCUGUCUGUUGCAGCUGCAUGUAAAGUCCUGAUUGAAUUCUCAUUGAUGCGUCUUGAGAAUCCAGAUGAAGCAUGCGCUGUUUCACAGAAACACUUGAUCCUCUUGAUCAAGGGCCUUUGUACUGGUUGCAGCCGACUAGACAGGACUGAAAUCAUUACGUUCACAGCAAUGAUGAAGUCAGCUAAACUUCCGAUGACGAUAAAGACUCUCUCAGAUGUAGAGGACCAGAAAGAGUCCAUCUCUCCAGUGACACCUGAACUUCGACAAAAGGAAGUGCAAAUGAAUUUUUUAAGCCAACUAACCUCAGUUUUCGACCCUGAUGUGUCAGCCUCAUCUGCCCCAUCUCUUGUGGUUCAGGUGGAUGGAGAAAGCGAUGAACAGGCUGGAACUGAUCAAGCAUCAGUUGCUAAGAUGAAAAGUGCAUUUAUCGCACAGAAUGUAUCCAGUUUACAAGCACUGGGAGGCUCUGAGAAGUUGCUACGUGUCUGUUUAAACCUUCCCUACUUUCUGCGCUACAUCAACCGUUUCCAGGAUGCUGUCUCAGCCAACUCGUUUUUCAUAAUGCCUGCAACAGUUGCAGAUGCAACUGCUGUGCGAAAUGGAUUCCAUUCCCUCGUAAUUGAUGUUACCAUGGCUUUGGACACACUCUCGCUGCCUGUUCUUGAGCCACUGACUCCUGCAAGGUUGCAGGAUGUGACUGUACUGGCACUGAGUUGUCUGUAUGCAGGAGUGAGCGUUGCAACGUGCAUGGCUAUUCUACAUGUAGGCAGCAGCCUGCAAGUACGAUCUGGGUCUACCAGUAAAGAAGAAGACUACGAGAAUGAUGCAGCUACAAUUGUACAGAAAUGUCUAGAAAUCUACGACAUGAUUGGCCAAGCUAUUAACAGCUCACGACGUGCAGGUGGUGAGCAUUAUCAGAAUUUCCAAUUAUUGGGUGCCUGGUGUUUGCUAAACAGUCUCUACCUGAUCCUGAACCUCAGUCCUACGGCACUGGCAGACAAGGGUAAAGAUAAAGACCCACUGGCUGCACUGCGAGUUCGUGACAUUGCUGCCCGUGUGAAGGAAGGAGCUGGUUCCCCCAAACUAGCGCCUAUUAAAGGACAUCAAGGAUUUGGUGUCCUGUCUGUGGUUCUAGCAAAUCAUGCUAUCAAACUGUUGACAUCACUGUUUCAGGAUUUGCAAGUAGAGGCCCUUUACCGGGGGUGGAGAGGUGAUGGACCACCUGCAGAGCUAAAUAUCAUGGCACAAAGCUCAUCUAUUCAACGUGUGCAAAGAUUGAUUGAAUCUAUCCCACUCACCAACUUGCUUUUCACACUGCUGUCGACAUCUUAUAGAAAGGCCUGUGUCCUUCAGCGUCAACGGAAAGGCUCUGUGAGUAGUGACGUCAGUGCAUCCACUGAUUCAAACACUUAUUAUGAAGAUGACUUUAGCAGCACUGAAGAAGAUAGUAGCCAAGAUGAUGACAGUGAGCCAAUUCUUGGCCAGUGGUUUGAGGAGACCAUCUCUCCCAGCAAGGAGAAAUCAGCACCUCCCCCUCCUCCUCCACCGCCUCCUUUGGAGAGUUCUCCACGAUUGAAGAGCCCAAAUAAGCAGUGUCCUGGAGAGAAUGGCAACAUAUUGGCGAGUCGCAGAGACCCUGAGCUGUUUCUGAGCCUGGCUUCAAGUAUUUUUAAUUUCAUUACAUCUUCGAUGCUGAACUCGAGGAACAACUUUAUCCGGAAUUACCUGAGUGUUUCUCUGACUGAACAGCACAUGAUGACAUUAGCCAGUAUCAUUAAAGAUGUGGACAAAGAUGGAACAAAAGGACCAUCAGAUGAGGAGUUUGCAGCUGCAUUAUAUCACUUUAACCAUUCUAUGGUCACGUCUGAUCUUCCAUCACCUAUCCUGCAGAACACUUUGCUGCAGCAGCUGGGAAUCGCGCCAUUCUCUGAGGGUCCGUGGCCGUUGUACAUCCACUCGCAGAGUCUUUCUGUGCUAUCACGCCUGCUGUUAAUUUGGCAGCACAAAGCCAGUGCACAGGGUGAGCCAGAUGUACCAGAGUGUAUGAAAAUCUGGGAAAGGUUUAUUGGGACACUGAAGCAAAACAUAUUCCAUGGUGUAGUACCAACUGACUCAGAGGAUCUGAAUGUUGAGCACCUUCAGCUCCUACUACUAAUUUUCCAUAAUUUCUCAGAGAGUGGCCGGCGUGCUGUGGUCACAAUGUGCAUUCAGGUGAUUGUUGAAGUAGCAUCUAAGGCAGAAGCUCAGGUUCGCUGUGUGCCACUGACACUCGCCCGACUGUUGCUGGUUUUUGAAUACAUCCUUCAGCAAUAUUCAAAAGUGCCAAUCUACCUAUUUGAACAGAUUCAGUACAAUCUAUUAACCCCACCAGUAUACGGUGCUGGUGCCAUCGCCAGUGGCACCCAGGAAUCUGGUCGACGCAUUCAAGUGCCACUUUACCAUGGAUUUAAGGAGGUUGAAGAAAACUGGUCUAAGCACAGUGGAACAGAUUCAACGCCUUUGCCCAAAUUCUACAGCAUUCUUUCACAUGAGACAUCCACUGAUGACAGGAGCAGAUUGGAUGAGAUGAUCUGUGAUGAUCUUUGUGCUGGUGCUUUGAAGUAUGAUGAUCUGUAUGCAUCACUGAUUUUGCUGUUAGCAGCUGGCUCUCAAUUUGACACACUCAGGAGGGAAGAGCACAAGAAUGCAACACCUCUGGAGGCAUGCUCCAUUCAGUACUACUUCUUGAUCUUGUGGAGGAUCCUGGGUAUCAUGCCUCCGUCAAAAGCCUACAUUAACCAAGUGGCAUUGAGCACAACAGAGCUGAGUGAAUGCGACAUCCUGCACACACUUCGUUGGUCAUCACGACUAUGUGUCAGCUCCUAUGUAACCUGGAUCAAGGAUCACCUGGUUCGACAGGGCAUGAAGAUAGAACACGCUGGCUCGCUAGUGGAACUGGCCGUCACCAAGUGCAGUUCUGUGAAGUAUGAUGUGGAGCUUGCAGAAGAGUAUGUUGCCAGACAGAUUUCUUCCUAUUGUGGAAUUGAUGCGAGCAUUAUCCUCCCGCUUAGCCGCCUCCCAAACCUGCAGACCAUCUACACGCUUGAUGCGGUCAUUUCAAAGGUCCAAGUGUCUCUGGAUGAGUAUUUCUCCAGGGUGGCUGCGGAAACAGAUUCCCAUAAAACAUCUGAGAUCACAAAGAAUCUGCUUCCUGCAACUCUUCAGCUGAUUGGCAUCUAUGCUGCAUUUACCAGAUCGUAUCUGUUGAGAAGUCUGUGUGAGGAGGGCGCGACUGAAAGUCCAACUGAGGAGAAGCUGCUUGGUUACGCAGCAGCACUGGCGAUUGGAUCUACUCGCUGCAAGACUAACUCCAUUGCUCAGUUAGUGGUACAGAACCUGCCAUCAUCUGUACAGACACUGUGUGAAACGUGGAACAAUAUCCACACUAAUGAGUUCCCCAACAUCGGAUCAUGGCGAAAUGCAUUUGCAAAUGACACCAUUCCUGCAGAGAGCUACAUUAGUGCAAUCCAGGCUGCACACCUCGGCACAUUGUCCAACCAGAGUCUGCCACUUGCUGCCUGCCUGAAGCAUAUUCUCCUGUCGUUGGUUAGGCUCACUGGUGACCUUAUUGUGUGGUGUCCCGAUGAACUGAACCCUCCACAGGUCAUUCACACGCUACUGCCAUUGCUCUUGGAGACUAGCACAGAGAGUGUGUCUGAAAUCAGCUCCACGUCAUUGGAACGGAUUCUCGGACCUGCAGAAUCCGACGAGUUUCUUGCACGCAUCUACGAACGACUCAUUACAAGCUGUUAUAAUAUAAUUGCUAAUCACUCUGAUCCCAAUAGUGGCUUGGAUGAGACUAUCUUGGAGGAAUGCUUGCAGUACCUGGAGAAGCAACUGGAAAGCAGCCAGGCACGCAAAGCCAUGGAGGAAUUUUUUUCUGAACGUGGGGAACUGGUGCAGAUCAUGAUGGCCACAGCCAAUGAGAAUCUUUCAGCUAAAUUCUGUAACAGAGUGUUGAAAUUCUUCACAAAACUCUUCCAACUUGCGGAGAAGAGUCCAAACCCAAGCCUCCUGCAUUUGUGUGGCUCAUUUGCUCAGCUGGCUUGUGUUGAACAUAGUCGAUUACAUGCCUGGCUAACAAGAAUGACCCAUGCUCCCCCUAAAGACUCUGACCAGCUGGAUGUGGUACAAGAGAACAGACAACUUCUGCAGAUUUUGACAGCAUGUAUCGUUAGAGAAAACAGCCAAGUUGGAGAAGGUGUCUGUACCGUGUUACUCAACACACUUAUCCCCAUGGCAGCAGAAAUGUUGUCCAAUGGUGAUGGAACAGGAUUCCCAGAGCUCAUGGUUGUUAUGGCGACAUUGGCCAGUGCUGGGCAGGGAGGAGGACACUUGCAGCUUCACCGUGCAGCUGUAGACUGGUUAGGGAAAUGUAAGAAGUAUCUUUCCCAAAAGAAUGUUUUGGAGAAGGUGGGAGCAAAUGUAACUCAGGGGAAGCACGUAGGCAUGCUUGACUGUGCCUGCCACAUCAUGUCCUAUCUUGCUGAUGUCAUGAAUGCCAUGCGACAGAACAGCGGGCAAGGAUCAACACACCUGGUGGUGGAUGGUGAGGAAAGGGCAAUUGAGGUUGAUUCUGAUUGGGUGGAAGAUCUGGUUGUAGAAGAAGAGGACUCGCAAGCAGAGGACUCAGAUGAAGAUUCCUUGUGUAACAAGCUCUGCACAUUCACAAUUACACAGAAGGAAUUCAUGAACCAGCACUGGUAUCACUGUCACACCUGUAAAAUGGUGGAAGGAGUAGGAGUUUGCACCAUUUGUGCGAAAGUCUGUCACAAGGAUCAUGAGAUUUCUUACGCCAAGUAUGGAUCAUUCUUCUGUGACUGUGGAGCAAAGGAAGAUGGAAGUUGUCAAGCCCUGGUAAAGCGGAGUCCAAGUAGUGGGAUCAGCUCUACCUUGAAGGAAUCAUCCGCCUUCCAGAACGAGCCCCGUGUCCCAGAAAGUGCCCUGCGACACCAAAGCACUUCUCCAGCAGAUAAAUGCAAAGUGAUGAGUGCAGAUGGCAAGACCAGUGAGGAUGACAAACCAAAGAAGAGUACUUUGUGUAAACAGAUCGAGGGCUGCAGGGAGGAGCUGCAGAGCCAGGUGUCUGGUUGCUCUACUGCUGGGUUAGUCCUCGAUAUGCUCGUCUUCCUGAUGGAUGCUAUCCAGGCAAAUUUCCAGCAAGCCUCGGCGGUUGGCAGCAGCAGCCGGGCCCAGCAGGCACUCGAUGAUCUACACACAAUGGAGAAGAAUGUGGAAAUGACUGACCAGCUGAUGGUACGCCCUGGAACUGGAAAUGGAGUGUUAAGGGUUCCAACCCUGGGUUCUCAGGAAGGGGCCUUUGAGAAUGUGCGGAUGAAUUACAGUGGGGACCAAGGGCAAACAAUCCGGCAGCUAAUCAGUGCACAUGUGCUGCGUCGUGUGGCUAUGUGUGUCCUCUCCUCUCCCCAUGGCCGACGACAGCACCUGGCUGUUAGCCAUGAGAAGGGAAAGAUCACAGUGCUCCAACUAUCAGCUUUACUUAAACAGGCUGACUCGAGCAAGCGAAAACUGACAUUGACUCGUCUAGCUUCAGCUCCAGUUCCUUUCACUGUUCUGAGUCUGACUGGAAACCCAUGUAAUGAGGAUUACCUCGCUGUGUGUGGACUCAAAGACUGUCAUGUUCUGACAUUUAGCAAUUCAGGAUCAGUUUCUGAUCACCUUGUUCUCCAUCCACAACUUGCCACUGGUAACUUCAUCAUUAAAGCAGUGUGGCUACCAGGAUCACAGACAGAGCUUGCAAUUAUAACAGCAGAUUUUGUCAAGGUUUAUGACUUGUCCACUGAUGCUUUGAGUCCAAUGUACUAUUUCCUUUUGCCGAGCUCGAAGAUCCGUGACACAACGUUUUUGUUCAAUGAGGAAGGGAAGAGUAUUAUUGUUAUCAUGUCUUCGGCUGGUUAUAUUUACACCCAAGUGAUGGAAGAAGCAAGUAGUGCUCAGCACGGACCAUUCUACGUCACCAACGUGCUUGAAAUCACGCACGAGGAUCUGAAGGACAGUAAUGGACAGGUUGCUGGUGGUGGUGUCUCUGUUUAUUACUCCCAUGUUCUGCAGAUGCUCUUUUUUAGUUAUAGUCAGGGCAAGUCCUUUGCUGCCAUGUUAAGUCGCAUGACACUGGAAGUGCAGCGCCUGUUCCCAAUCAAUCUGAAAAGUUCAAAUGGUGGCAGUGGGAAGACUGUUCCUGCCCUGUGCCAGUGGUCAGAGGUGAUGAAUCACCCUGGCCUGGUCUGCUGUGUACAACAGACCACUGGAAUUCCACUUGUCAUCAUGGUCAAACCAGACACCUUCCUCAUCCAGGAGAUCAAAACUCUACCAGCCAAAGCCAAGAUCCAGGACAUGGUUGCAAUUCGCCACACAGCCAGCAAUGACCAGCAAAGAACCACCAUGAUACUGUUGUGUGAAGAUGGCAGCCUGCGAAUCUACAUGGCAAAUGUCGAGAACACUUCCUAUUGGCUACAGCCUUCACUGCAGCCCAGCAGUGUUAUCAGCAUCUUGAAACCAGUCCGCAAGCGCAAGGCUGUAGCUGCCACAACUCGCACCUCCAGUCAGGUAACAUUUCCGAUUGAUUUCUUUGAACACAACCAGCAGCUGACUGAUGUUGAGUUUGGGGGAAACGACUUGCUACAGGUGUACAAUAUGCAACAAAUUAAACAUCGACUGAACUCCACAGGCAUGUACGUUGCAAGCACAAAGCCAGGUGGAUUUACAGUGGAAGGUGUCAACAACAAUGCUACCAUGGUAAUGACAGGGAUGCGGAUCCAGGUUGGGACACAGGCCAUUGAGAGAGCACCAUCCUAUAUUGAGAUUUUUGGUCGCACAAUGCAGCUGAACUUGACGAGAGCUCGUUGGUUUGACUACCCGUUUACGCGUGAAGAAGCAUUACAAGCUGAUAAGAAGCUAACCAUUUUUGUUGGUGCAUCAGUUGAUCCUGCUGGGGUUACAAUGGUAGAUUCAAUCAAAAUCUAUGGAAAAACAAAGGAGCAAUUUGGUUGGCCCGAUGAACCUCCAGAGGAUUUCCCAUCGGCCUCUGUAAAUAAUGUCGCUGUUCCAAGUGUCAGCCAGAAUAAUAGCACAGGAGAGGUGGACUCAACGACUCCAUCCUCCACCAGCAGCUCUGUCCUUGAGAGUUGUGAGACUGAAUCCCUAAGCUCCUUAGACCGGCUAGUGGUGAGCUCAAUGGAAGUGCUGGAAAGCUGUUUUGCUGUUGGAUCUUCAACUGAAAAGGAAAAGAAUAAACAGACAGCAUUGGAAUUGGCCACUACAUUGCUGUCGAUGCCAACUCCAUCCACCGUUCAACAACAAACCAAGGGGCUGCUGGCGAGUCUGCAUAAUAGCCGUGGCAGUUAUCACAAUCAUAAGGAUCAAGCUCUGCUGAAUAAUGCUGUGCAGAUUCUGAAUACUUGGAACAAGGAUGGUCGUGACCUUGAUCCAGAAGUAUUCCAGCGGCUAAUAAUCACAGCACGUUCCAUUGCGAUGAUGAGACCUAAUAACCUUGUGCACUUCACAGAGGUGAAAGCACCACAAACUGAUAAAGAAGGAACAGAUGAAAGAGAUCAAGUCCACAGGACUGCUGAAGUCGAAGGCUGCAGUUUUAUUAUGCAGCUAGUCACUCAUUUCUGGAGGCUGCAUGCUUCCAAACCUAAGAAUGCAUUCCUGGCUCCUGCCUGCCUGCCUGGCCUGACUCACAUUGAGGCAACAGUGAAUGCACUAAUUGACAUUAUUCAUGGAUAUUGUACCUGUGAGCUAGACUACAUCAAUGCUGCUGCAAAGGUUUAUAUGCAGAUGCUUCUGUGCCCUGACCAAUCAGUGAGUUUUGCCUGUAAACAGGCACUGAUUCGUGUACUGCGACCACGGAGCAAGCGCAGGCAUGUCACGCUGCCAUCCCCUCCUCGCAGCAACACCCCAAUGGGUGAUAAAGAUGACGACGAUGAUGAUGAUGCUGAGGAUAAAAUGCAACCAUCGGGAAUGGCAGGCAAUGAAAAUAUUCGUCAAGAGAGUCAAGAACAAAGUGAAGUGGAUCAUGGAGACUUUGAGAUGGUGUCAGAAUCAAUGGUUUUGGAGUCGGCUGAAAAUGUCACGAAUGGAAACCCUUCCCCCCUGGAGGCACUGCUGGCGGGAGCAGAGGGCUUCCCACCAAUGCUGGACAUCCCUCCAGAUGCAGAUGAUGAGACAAUGGUGGAACUGGCGAUUGCUCUUAGCCUGCAGCAAGAUCAACAAGGUAGUAGCAGCAGUGCCCUGGGCCUACAGAGCCUGGGACUAUCUGGACAAGCACCCAGUUCCUCAUCAUUGGAUGCAGGCACACUGUCUGAUACCACAGCCUCAGCUCCAGCCUCUGAUGAUGAAGGGAGCACAGCAGCAACAGAUGGAUCAACCCUGCGAACAUCACCUGCGGAGCACGGUGGCAGUGUGGGGUCAGAGAGCGGGGGCAGUGCUGUUGACUCUGUUGCGGGAGAACACAGUGUGUCUGGGCGGAGCAGUGCAUAUGGAGAUACAACAGUUGAGGGACAUCCUACAGGACCGGGCAGUGUCAGCUCCAGCACAGGAGCCAUUAGUACCACCACUGGACAACAAGAAGGUGAAGGGUCAGAAGGAGAAGGUGAAACAGAAGGAGACCUACAUACAAGCAACAGGCUCCACAUGGUACGUCUGAUGCUCCUUGAGAGACUUUUACAGCAUCUGCCACAGCUCCGUCAUGUUGGUGGAGUUCGAGCCAUCCCCUACAUGCAGGUAAUCCUAAUGCUGACUGCUGACCUGGAUGGAGAAGAUGAGAAAGAUAAAGGAGCCUUGGACAACCUGCUUUCCCAACUAAUUGCAGAACUGUGCAUGGACAAGAAGGAUGUUUCUAAGAAGAAUGAUCGCAGCCCACUGAAUGAAGUGCACCUGGUGAUCAUGAGACUUCUCAGCGUUUUUAUGUCCCGAACGAAAUCAAGCUCAAAAUCUGCCUCUGAGGCUUCCUCAUUAAUCUCCAAUGCCACAGCCACUGCAUUGUUAAGUUCAGGAGCCAUUGACUAUUGCCUCCAUGUUCUUAAGUCACUACUGGAUUACUGGAAAACACAACAGGGUGAAGAAGAAGCUGCGGUAACAAGUCAGCUCCUGAAGCCACACACUUCUUCUUCACCUCCAGACAUGAGCCCGUUCUUCCUGCGACAGUAUGUGAAGGGCCAUGCUGCAGAUGUGUUCGAGGCGUACUCACAGCUCUUGACUGAAAUGGUGCUGAGGUUACCAUACCAAAUAAAGAAGAUUGCUGAUGCAAACUCUCGGGUUCCACCACCGAUCUUUGACCAUUCUUGGUUCUACUUCCUGUCUGAAUAUCUAAUGAUCCAGCAGACUCCUUUCGUUCGUCGUCAAGUUCGUAAACUCCUACUGUUCAUUUGCGGAUCAAAGGAGAAGUACCGUCAGCUGCGGGAUCUGCACACACUUGAUUCACAUGUUCGAGGAAUUAAAAAACUGCUGGAGGAGCAGGGAAUCCAUUUACGUGGUGGUGUAGUCACAGCUUCCUCAGGAUCUGCUCUGCAGUACGACACGCUCAUUAGCUUGAUGGAGCACCUAAAGGCCUGUGCAGAGAUUGCAAGCCAGCGGACAGUGAACUGGCAGAAAUUCUGCCUCAAGGAUGAUUCUGUUUUAUAUUUCCUGCUUCAGGUUAGUUUUCUUGUGGAUGAAGGAGUCUCGCCAGUUCUCCUCCAGUUGCUUUCGUGCGCACUCUGUGGCAGUAAAGUGCUCUCUACAACAUCGUCCAGUAGCACAGGGGGCACCGGAACAACUGCAGCCUCCUCCAGCUCAGGACAAACAGGAUCUCAGUCCAAAUCCUCUAGCAAAAAGAGCAAGAAAGAGGAGAGAGAGAAGGACAAGGAUGAGAAUGCAAGCAGUCAGGAAGAUCAGCUCUGCACAGCUUUGGUCAAUCAGUUGAAUAAAUUUGCUGACAAAGAAACUUUGAUUCAGUUUUUACGAUGUUUCCUAUUAGAAUCAAACUCCUCAUCUGUGCGUUGGCAGGCUCACUGCCUUACUCUACACAUCUAUAGGAGCUCUGGCAAAUCACAGCAAGAGCUAUUACUGGACCUGAUGUGGUCCAUUUGGCCAGAACUCCCAGCCUAUGGACGCAAGGCUGCACAGUUUGUGGACCUGCUGGGAUACUUCUCACUCAAGACUCCACAGACUGAAAAAAAGCUGAAAGAGUAUUCACACAAGGCAGUAGAGAUUCUUCGUACUCAGAACCAUAUUCUCACCAAUCAUCCCAACUCCAACAUUUAUAACAUGCUGUCUGGUCUAGUCGAGUUCGAUGGCUAUUACCUAGAGAGUGAUCCCUGCCUUGUCUGUAAUAACCCUGAGGUACCAUUCACUAAUAUUAAACUUUCAUCAAUCAAGGUAGAUACACGCUACACAACCACACAGCAAGUGGUGAAACUGAUUGGCAGCCACACCAUCAGCAAAGUGACUGUGAAGAUUGGAGAUCUGAAACGCACUAAGAUGGUUCGCACCAUCAACCUGUAUUACAACAACAGAACUGUGCAGGCUAUUGUAGAACUAAAAAAUAAGCCUGCUCGUUGGCACAAGGCUAAAAAAGUCCAACUAACACCGGGUCAGACUGAAGUGAAAAUUGAUCUCCCGCUCCCCAUUGUAGCAUCCAACCUCAUGAUUGAAUUUGCAGACUUUUAUGAGAAUUACCAGGCAUCAACAGAGACCUUGCAGUGUCCACGCUGCAGUGCAUCAGUUCCUGCCAAUCCAGGUGUCUGUGGAAACUGCGGGGAGAACGUGUACCAGUGUCACAAAUGCAGAUCUAUUAACUAUGAUGAGAAAGAUCCAUUUCUGUGUAAUGCCUGUGGAUUCUGCAAAUAUGCACGGUUCGAUUUCAUGUUGCAUGCCAAGCCAUGCUGUGCAGUGGAUCCAAUUGAAAAUGAAGAGGACAGAAAGAAGGCAGUCACAAACAUAAACACUUUGUUGGAUAAAGCUGAUCGUGUUUAUCACCAGCUGAUGGGACACAGGCCACAGCUUGAAACUUUGUUGGUGAAAGUCAGUGAGGCAGCUCCUGAGAAACCACAGGAUGAUUCCAGUGGUGUUGCCGGAAUCAGCUCAUCAGCAGCAAGUGUGAAUCGCUACAUCCAGCAACUGGCUCAGGAAUACUGUGGAGAUUGUAAGACAUCCUUCGAUGAGUUGUCCAAAAUUAUUCAGAAAGUCCUGGCUUCACGGAAGGAACUGCUGGAAUAUGAUCUUCAUCAGCGAGAAGCUGCAACAAAGUCAUCACGAUCAUCAGCUCAGCCCACAUUCACAGCCAGUCAGUAUCGAGCUCUGUCUGUCCUCGGCUGUGGGCACACCUCUUCAACAAAGUGUUAUGGCUGUGCCUCAGCUGUUACUGAGCACUGUAUAACAUUACUUCGUGCCCUCGCUACCAACAGCACUAUCCGACAGAUCUUGGUUUCUCAGGGACUUAUCCGAGAGCUGUUUGAUUAUAAUCUGCGGCGUGGUACUGCCUCAAUGAGAGAGGAAGUCAGACAACUGAUGUGCUUGUUAACUAGAGAUAACCCAGAGGCAACACAACAAAUGAAUGACCUAAUCAUUGCCAAGGUUUCAACUGCACUUAAAGGACAUUGGGCCAAUCCUGAUCUGGCCAGCAGUCUUCAAUAUGAGAUGCUGUUAUUGACUGAUUCAAUUUCAAAGGAGGAUGCAUGCUGGGAGCUGCGCCUUCGAUGUGCCCUGAGUCUGUACCUGAUGGCUGUGAAUAUUAAGACCCCAGUGGUUGUUGAGAACAUCACUCUGAUGUGUCUGCGUAUUCUUCAACGACUGAUUAAACCACCUGCCCCAACUAGUAAGAAAAACAAGGACACCUCAGUUGAUACACUUACAACUGUCAAACCCUAUAGUAAUGAGAUACAUGCGCAGGCUCAAGCGUGGCUCAAGAAAGAUCCCAAAGCAUCAUAUGAGGCUUGGAAGAAGUGUCUGCCUGCCAGAGCUUUGGACGCUGAAGGAAAAACACAAAGUAAAACUGAGCUACGACAUCUCUAUCUGAUGGAGAAGUAUGCUUGGAAAUGGAAGCAGUUCCUGAGCAAACGUGGAAAGAGAAAUUCACCACUGGACCUCAAACUGGGACAUAAUAACUGGCUUAGACAGGUCCUGUUCACUCCUGCAACGCAAGCUGCACGGCAAGCUGCCUGUACGAUUGUGGAGGCGCUUACCACCAUUCCAAGCCGCAAGCAACAAGUUCUUGAUCUCCUCACCAGUUACCUGGAUGAGCUGAGUGUUGCCGGUGAGUGUGCAGCUGAGUACCUUGCACUCUAUCAGAAACUCAUCAAACCAGCUCAUUGGAAGAUCUACUUGGCAGCUCGGGGAGUGCUGCCAUACAUUGGAAACCUAAUCACAAAGGAAAUUGCCCAUUUACUGGCAUUAGAGGAGGCAACACUCAGCACUGACCUUCAGCAGGGAUAUGCAUUAAAAAGCCUGACAGCACUGCUUUCAUCUUUUGUGGAAGUGGAAUCAAUAAAGCGUCACUUCAAGAGUCGCUUGGUGGGCACAGUGCUGAAUGGCUACUUGUGUCUGCGAAAACUUGUGGUUCAGCGAACAAAACUGAUUGAUGAGACGCAAGACAUGUUACUGGAGAUGUUGGAGGACAUGACAACAGGUACAGAGUCUGAAACAAAGGCAUUCAUGGCUGUCUGUAUUGAAACUGCUAAACGAUACAGUCUUGAUGAUUACCGAACGCCAGUCUUCAUCUUCGAGAGGCUGUGCAGCAUCAUCUACCCGGAGGAAAAUGAAGUGACAGAGUUCUUUGUGACAUUGGAAAAAGAUCCACAGCAAGAAGAUUUCCUACAGGGCAGGAUGCCAGGAAAUCCUUACAGCAGCAAUGAACCGGGAAUUGGACCACUCAUGAGAGACAUUAAGAAUAAGAUUUGUCAGGAUUGUGACCUUGUAGCACUGCUAGAAGAUGACAGUGGGAUGGAGCUUCUCGUGAACAACAAAAUCAUCAGCUUGGACCUACCUGUGGCUGAGGUGUAUAAGAAGGUCUGGUGUCCAGCAAAUGAGGGGGAGCCAAUGCGUAUAAUUUACCGAAUGCGAGGACUUCUUGGAGACGCAACUGAGGAGUUUAUUGAAUCAUUGGAUUCAACUACAGAUGAAGAGGAGGAUGAAGAAGAGGUGUAUAAAAUGGCAGGAGUGAUGGCUCAGUGUGGCGGUCUCGAGUGUAUGUUAACUCGAUUGGCUGGAAUCAAAGACUUCAAACAGGGACGACACCUUUUAACUGUGCUACUGAAGCUGUUUAGUUACUGUGUAAAAGUGAAAGUGAAUCGACAACAGCUGAUUAAACCAGAGAUGAACCCACUGAAUGUAAUGCUGGGAACCCUUAACCUGGCAUUGCUGGCAGAGCAGGAGAGUAAAGACAGUGGUGGUGCAACAAUUGCUGAGCAAGUGUUGAGCAUCAUGGAGAUAAUUCUAGAUGAAGCAAAUGCAGAGCCACUGACUGAGGACAGAGGUAACUUGCUGCUGACAGGAGACAAAGAUCAACUGGUGAUGCUGUUGGACCAGAUUAAUUCGACGUUUGUCCGUUCCAAUCCCAGUGUUCUCCAGGGUUUGCUACGUAUUAUCCCAUACCUGUCUUUUGGAGAAUUGGAGAAAAUGCAGAUUCUUGUUGAUCGAUUCAAGCCCUACUGUAAUUUUGACAAAUAUGAUGAAGAACAUAACACAGACGACAAGGUUUUCCUGGAUUGUUUCUGUAAAAUUGCUGCAGGAAUCAAAAACAACAGCAAUGGACAUCAACUGAAGGAACUUAUCCUGCAGAAAGGAAUAACCCAGAAUGCUUUAGAAUACAUCCGGAAACAUAUUCCAAGUGCCAAGAACCUUGAUGCAGAUGUGUGGAAGAAGUUCUUAUCAAAACCAGCUCUUCCAUUUAUUCUCCGCCUACUACGGGGACUGGCUAUGCAGCACCCUCCCACACAAAUGUUAAUUGGAACAGACUCCAUCACAAACCUACAUAAACUGGAGCAGGUUUCCAGUGAUGAAGGCAUUGGGACCCUAGCAGAAAACCUACUGGAAGCACUGCGGGAACACCCAGAAGUCAACAGGAAAAUUGAAGCAGCGCGAAAGGAGACACGAGCAGAAAAGAAACGGAUGGCAAUGGCUAUGCGACAGAAAGCGCUGGGCACACUUGGAAUGACGACUAAUGAGAAGGGUCAGGUGGUCACCACAACGACAUUACUGAAGCAGAUGGAAGAACUUAUUGAGGAACCAGGUUUGACCUGUUGCAUUUGCCGUGAGGGUUAUAAAUUUCAGCCAACCAAAGUGUUAGGAAUUUAUACCUUCACAAAGCGAGUUGCCAUUGAAGAGUUUGAGAACAAACCACGGAAACAGCAGGGAUACAGUACAGUCUCGCAUUUCAAUAUUGUCCACUAUGAUUGUCACCUUGCUGCAGUCAGGCUGGCACGUGGUCGGGAGGAGUGGGAAAGUGCUGCCUUACAAAAUGCAAACACCAAGUGUAAUGGAUUACUUCCUGUGUGGGGUCCACAUGUACCUGAAUCAGCAUUUGCCACAUGUUUGGCAAGGCAUAAUACAUACUUGCAAGAGUGCACAGGCCAACGUGAACCCACCUACCAGCUAAACGUUCAUGAUAUUAAGCUACUCUUCCUGCGCUUUGCAAUGGAGCAAUCAUUCAGUGUUGAUACUGGUGGAGGAGGCAGAGAAAGUAACAUCCAUCUCAUCCCAUACAUAAUGCAUACAGUCCUCUAUGUUCUUAAUACGACCCGGGCAACAUCCCGAGAGGAGAAGAACCUACAGAGUUUCUUGGAACAGCCAAAAGAGAAAUGGGUUGAAAAUGCUUACGAGGUUGAUGGAGCACACUAUUUCACAGUCCUGGCUUUGCACAUCUUCCCACCUGAGAAAUGGAAAGCCACCCGUCUUGACUUUCUAAAACGUCUUUUGGUCACCACCCAAGCAAGGAAAGCAUCACCAAGCGGCUCCAACAAAUUGUCUGACAAGUCCGUGAAGGAAUACUCUGUGUACCGUCCUGUGCUGCUCUGCUGGGGAUUAGUGGAUCUUAUGUAUGGAAUAUUUAAGAAGGUUCCUACAAGUAACACAGAGGGUGGCUGGUCCUACUCUCUUGCCGAAUACAUCCGACACAAUGAUAUGCCAAUCUAUGAGGCAACAGACAGGUCUCUCAAAACUUUCCAGGAUGAAUUUAUGCCUGCUGAGUCAUUUGCUGAAUUUCUAGAUGUUGCAGGUCUCUUAACAGAAGUUGAAGAUCCUGACAACUUCCUGAAAGAUCUUCUUAACUCUGUCCCCUAAGAUGUUCCAAAUUCAUCUGCUCAAAAACAAAGUCAAUAUUUAACUGUACUUUUAGAAAUACUGCAUUUGCAUUUUCACUCUUCCAAAGCAGUUGGAAUUAUUUUCUGCCUCAGUUCAGCAGCAACAGCUUCUUUCUAUGUGUGAGCAUUCUGGAUUUAAGAUUUUAACGUACAUGUGUACAGAGGAAUAAUACUGGAAUUGUCAUUUAACCUGACUGCAUGGAGUACAUUUGGUUUAAUUUCCUACUUUGUUCUUGUAUUCAGUACUUCACGGUAACAUGUCGCGUAUUUAAAUGUUGUGCUAAAGCUCUAGUUCACUAUUACAUCCAAUAAAGUUAAAUCAUGAUCCUU